AUGAUGGAGACUUGAUAUCAGGGCCUGGAGAAAAACAAUCGACAAUGGACCGGCUGGUUCUGUGCGUGCUGCUGUGUGCAGCUUUGGUGAAGGUAUUCAUCUGCCCUGGCCACUGCAUCUGCCAGCACCUCUCCCCGACCCUGACUCUGCUUUGUGCAAAGAAGGGCUUGCUAUUUGUGCCCCCCACCAUUGACCGCAAGACCGUUGAGCUGCGACUUACGGACAACUUCAUCACCAUCAUCCGCAAGAAAGACUUUCUCAACAUGACCAGUUUGGUCCACCUCACUUUGUCCCGCAACACUAUCAGUCAGAUUGUACCCAAUGCCUUUGUGGGCCUGCGCUCACUACGGGCACUCCACAUGGAUGGGAACCGGCUCAGUGUUAUAAAAAGUGACCACUUUAAGGGACUCAUCAACCUACGGCACCUCAUCCUGGGAAACAACCAGAUCCACCAAGUGGCUCCUACUUCUUUUGAUGAGUUUGUUUCCACUAUUGAGGACCUGGAUUUUUCUAACAAUAACUUACGCAGCCUUCCCUGGGAAGCUAUAGCCAGAAUGGCCAACAUUAACACACUCACUUUAGACCACAACUUGAUUGAUCACAUUGAAGCGGGAACUUUUACACUGCUCAGUAAGCUAGUCCGCCUGGACAUGACGUCCAACAGGCUGCAGAAGCUGCCGCCAGACAGCCUGUUCCAGCACGCUCAGGUUCUCUCUGACGCCAAGGGCUCCAGCUCAUCCACUCUGGCCGUGAGUUUUGGCGGGAACCCACUUCAUUGUAACUGUGAGCUGCUGUGGCUGCGCAGGCUGACAAGAGAGGAUGAUUUGGAGACCUGUGCGUCACCAGAACAUCUCAUGGACAAAUACUUCUGGUCAAUCCAGGAGGAGGAGUUCAUCUGUGAACCCCCCUUGAUCACAAAACAUGUUGCCUCUAAGCCCUAUGUGAUGGAGGGCCAAGGUGUGACUUUAAAAUGCAAAGCUGUGGGUGAUCCAGACCCGGAUAUUCACUGGCGGUCACCAGACGGCAAGCUGGUGCACAACAACUCCCGCACCAUCCUGUAUGAUAAUGGCACCCUUGAUAUUCUCAUCACCACAUUGAAGGACAGCGGGGCAUUUAACUGUGUGGCAUCCAAUGCUGCAGGCAUCGCCACGUCUGCUGUUGAGAUCAACAUGAUCCCCUUGCCCUUGUUUGUUAACAACACGGGCCACAUGCGUGAGGACCCGGGCCUCUCAGACAUCACCACCUCCACCAAGUCUGGCAAUGACACAAAAGGAUAUGACAAGCAGGACAGAAGGGUGGUGGUCACUGAGCUGACCUCCUCCUCGGCUGUGAUCCGCUGGCCAUCCGAGCGCCACAUCCCUGGGAUCAGGAUGUACCAAAUACAGUACAACAGCACAGCGGAUGAUACUUUGGUGUACAGAAUGAUUCCAUCAACCAGCAAGAACUUCUUAAUCAACGAUCUGGCUGCCGGACGGGAGUACGACCUCUGCGUACUGGCGGUGUAUGACGAUGGCAUCACAUCGUUAACGGCCACACGCGUGGUCGGCUGCGUGCAGUUCCACACGGCCAGUGAGGUCAGCCAGUGCCGGUUCAUGCACAGCCAGUUUCUGGGUGGCACCAUGAUCAUAAUCAUCGGCGGCAUCAUAGUUGCCUCGGUGCUGGUGUUCAUCGUCAUCCUGAUGAUCCGCUACAAGGCCUACAGCAGCCCGGUUGAAGGCAAACUUAAAGUCAGCUCCAGCAUGCACUCGCAGACCAACGGCAGCCAGCAGCGGCUCCAGCGCUCCGCGUCCAGGCUGCCGCAAUCUGACGAGGAGCAGCGGGUGGCUCAGGCGCCCAAAGAGUGCAUGGCUCUGGUGCUUAGGGUGGACAAUGAGAAGAAGGAGAACCCAGCAGCCACCACUGCUGUCCUAGAGGUAGAACUGCCUCCAAAUGUGGAUAAGAUGAUGAGAAGAAGCAGCUUGGAUGCCCAUUGCUCAGGGCCCCCGUCUGAGGACACGCAGACAGACAGUAGCCUGACGGGCUCCACCAUGUCCUUGUGCCUCAUAGGCUCCACUGCUGGCUCCAAGGAGGCUCCCAGGAUAAAGGACAAGAAAAGUGCUCUGGCCAACAUGGGGUUACUUCCUAAUGAGCUGGCACGAACUAGGCACAGAUUCUCAUUUGACGGGGGGGAUUACUCCAUAUUUCAGAGUCAUAGUUACCCACGCAGAGCGAGGACGAGGUGGCACAAGUCCACCAACCAGCUCAACAUGGAGUCGUCACCGCUCGCCAACAGGAGAGUUACAUUCAGCAGCACUGAGUGGAUGCUUGAGAGCACAGUCUGAGGAAAACAUUGUAGCAAAAAAAAUUAUCUCAGCCACUCACUAACAUGUAAAAAAAACCACACAAUGCCAUAAAACACUCCUGCACACAGCAGAUGAUUCAAAGCAAGCACAUUUACAGACACAUGCUAACUCUCUGUGAGUUGCUGGAGAAGAACAGUGUCCUUUCAUCCUGCCUCUCCCUCGUCAUGUUUCCCGAAAGAUUUGUCGGCCAUGUCCUGUCUUUAUGCAGCGGUGCCUUAUUCUUUAAAUGUAUGAAUGGAGGAUGCUGCUCACUGUAGUCUUAAAUCUUUCUCGUUGUCAUUGCCUCGCACUCUGGUCAUGGGAAAAGCAUUUACUUUUUGGGCUUUUUUUUUAAAUUUUCACUGUUUUCUGUGGCUCGCCAAGGGGAGAAUCAUGUGGCACUUGGAUGUGACUGUUUAAUUGUUAAAUAAAAAAAAGAGAAAAAAAUACAAUAAAAAUAAUAAUUUAAAAAAUAAUUAAAAAAAAACUUCAUCAAGCAGUAACUGUAACGUGAACAGCCAGGUAUCCUGUUAUGUCAAUCAUGUUUUUAGUUCUUUCAAAGAAAAGAAAAAAAAAUUUGCACAGAAGACACGAGAUACAAAGGACAAGUAUCACCACCAGUCUAUACAAUAAUAAUAAAAAAAACAACGUUUUCGACGCUGAUUUCUAACGUUUAACGGAAGAUGGGCGAUGGAUACCUGCUGUGGAUUCCUCUCUGACAGUCAGACUGUAUGAUGUUGAAUAUUGUUCCAGAUGUGACUGUAUAUUAAUCAGUACUGUAUCUGGCUGGUCUAGAUAAAAGGCAACAAACAAAAAAGACAUAUAUAAGUAUAUUAAAACAUUGGUGUAUGUGUACUAACUA